AUAUCUAAAGUAUUUUAAUUUAUUCGACAUUACUAAUUUUGUCUAACAUAACAAGACACGAGGAACAGGUCUAGUUAACGUUAGAAUACACAAUUAUAGUACAAGUAAAGUAACUUAACAAGCUAUUUUUUUUAGCCCAAAAGCUAGAUACAAUAUGUGAAUAGACAGCUAGCUAACGUGUGUAUCUCUAUUUCUCUUUUUGUUUGCAAGCUAACUCCGUUACCUAAUUGCUACCAGCUACAUUCACAUUUCAGUCAUUUCAAAAUAGUUUACAUCACUGUCAUGUGGUAAUUAGCUAAAUCAGGUUUUAUUUUGAUGGCAACCAAUGAAAACUGGAAAGAUCAGAAACGGUUCAUAUGCCAUUAAUGUCUCUAAGCUAAAAAUGUCAAGGAACAGAAGACGAGCAGCCAGAGAUGAAGAUAUCUCCCCCAAACAGAGGAAAAUGGACUGCAAUGGCGUCCCAUUGCCUUUCUGCUUCGACACCCCCGACACAGUCUUCCAGAGCCUCAUCUCGCCAAUGGGGCAGGAAGAAUUCUUUGCUGACUACUGGGAAAAGAGGCCCCUCCACCUGAAGAGGUCUAACCCCUCCCUGGCCUCCUACUACCAGUCUCUGUUUCAGCUGUCUGACCUGAAGGGUCUGUGCUCCCAGGGCCUAACUUACACCAGAGACCUCAAUGUGUGCCGCUGCGUCCAGGGCAACAAGAAUGUAAUGAACAAGGAGGGCCAGGUCAACUACAGCCAGCUCCGGAGAGACUUUGACAAGAAGAAAGCCACCAUCCAGUUCCACCAGCCUCAGAGGUUCAAGGAUGAGUUGUGGCGGAUCCAGGAGAAGCUGGAGUGUUUCUUUGGUGCCCUGGUGGGUUCCAAUGUCUACAUCACCCCACAGGAUUCUCAAGGGCUCCCCCCUCACUAUGACGAUGUGGAGGUGUUCAUCCUCCAGUUGGAGGGCGAGAAACACUGGCGUUUGUACAGCCCCACGGUGCCCCUGGCGAGAGAAUACUGCGUAGAGCCUGAGGAGCGGAUCGGAAGCCCCACCCACGACAUCAUACUGAAGGCAGGUGAUCUGCUGUACUUCCCCAGAGGGACCAUCCAUCAAGCAGACACCCCUGUGGGAGUGGAUCAUUCCACCCACCUGACCCUUAGUACCUACCAGAAUGCGUCGUGGGGCGACUACCUGGCUAAUGUGUUUCCCAAUUUUUUAUAUGACUCGCUUAAGACUAGUGACAUCACCAGGAGGAUGGGAAUGCCCCGGAGAAUCUUGAUGGGGGCCAACACAGCCCCAGACACAAAUAAGCAGUUGGCCUCAUUACUGCGGAGCGUUGCAGAUCAGAUUGAGGGCGGUGAACACGAACUCCGUGCUGCAGAUAUGAAGAGGGACUUUGCACACAACAGACUCCCACCAUACACACCAGAGCAAGAUGAUGUCUCAGCACCAGCAGGAAAGAUGCCUGCGUUGGAGGACACAGUGUGUCUGAGGUUUAACGACCACAUCCUGAUAUCUUCAGAGACAUGUCAAAGCCCAUCAGAUGGUUCGGUUUCAUUGGUGGUGAAUGUAAUACACUCUCUGAAGAACAGGAGGGAAAAACACAUGAUGGGACAGAGUGAUGAUGACGAUGAUGAUGAUGACGAUGAUGAUGACGAGGAAGAGGAACCCUCUGAGCCACCCAGCUUGAUCUUCCCCUUUGAAGCCCUCCCAGCCAUUAGGCAACUGCAGACAGGACAGCCCAUCCCUGUGGCCCAGCUGAAGAUGCCAUUGAACAGUGAGAAAGCCCAGAUGGCCCUGGCAUUUUGGUCAGAGGGCCUGCUGGAGGUGUGCUAGUGUGCUAACCGAAUCCUGACACCAAGAACCACUGCAGUCCUUUAGGUCACACAGUUGAACAAUAAAGAGUUCUUUAUUCUACUA